UCAUCUAAAGAAAACGGCCUCAUUUCUUUGAACUAGAAUAACGAUUUUUCGAAAAAAGAAUAAUAGGAAUAUUUUAGUGUCGAUGGCAUGUUUAUGAAAUGUUAUAUUAAACUGGAAAUUGUUAUGACUUCUUUUUUACACUUCUUGCAGCAGCUGUGUAAUAUACUGCAACUCCCAGACAUUUUUCAUGUUUGUCGCUAGGAGACUAGUCUACAACAACCUGCCUCAUCGCUGACUAAAAAUGGCUGGUUCUGGAGUUUACAAACUGGACAACGGAGAAAGUUUUCCUACGAAUUGUUUCCCGAUAAGGUCAUUUCAUCAGAGUAAAGAAGGAGCAGGGCACUGGUUAAUUGCCCACAGAGGGAGUGUGGAGGACCGAUACAAGUUCCUAAAGCAACCAACGUCAGUACAACACUUUUGCACUGGACCAUCGGGUCAGUAUGAAUGUGAAAGACGUAAGCAAAGGACAUUAAAGCGUUCUGGAAACACUUUAAAUGGACAGAUUUUGAUGGCGCUGCACUGUGUGGACAGACCGACUGACCUCUGCUCUGUAGACAUAAGUGAAAGAAAGCUGGAGUCGGUUACACUAGAAGGUUUGGAGGAAUUUGACUGUGUUGCUUAUAUUAAUGCGUCGGACAACUAUUUAACCCUAGAGGCUUUUAGCAGGUUUCCUGCACUGAGGGAGCUGGAAUUGUCUUUGAACGGCCUCAGCACUGUGGAAGUUAAUGCUGUAGAUUUUCCUAGAUUAGAGGUUCUGGACCUGUCUUAUAAUAAUUUAUCAAGUGAUGGUAUAUUAUCCAUUGGCCUUCUACCAAGAUUAAAGGUGCUUCAUCUGACUGGAAAUGAUCUGCAGAUGCUUCUGCCUGAUAUGGCUGGCCCUAAUACUCCACAUGGUGAUCUGGCUCCCGAGUCCAGCGCAUUGUUUCAGACUCUUGAAGUGUUGAUGCUUGAUGAUAAUAAACUGUCUUCUUGUGUCUUUGGAAGUCUUGCAAAUCUAAAAAGGCUUCAGCAUUUAAAUUUAGAAGGAAACUACAUCUCUGAAGUCCCUUACCUUCAGCCGAUGCCACUGCUACAGGGGCCAGGCUGCUCUGAUUCUCAAGAGGAUGAGGAGGAUUUCUGUCCACCAUUUCCAGAGCUUCGAUAUCUGAAUCUAGCUAACAAUAAGAUAUUUGAAGAAGAUGCAUUGUUGGCUGUGGCAUUGCUUCCUUUGCUCAGCGAGCUUGUUAUCCACUCAAACCCACUGACUACACAGAGGACUGGUGACCUACCAAUGUUGAACUGGAUUCUUCAAGACAGGCUUGGUAUUAAAAUGAGACAUAAGAAGUCAGCUGAUAUCGUAAAACCACAUCUUCUGCUCAGUGUCAACCCUAAAAGAAAGGUAGAAACUAAACUCCCAAAGGUACCAAAGGUUUCCUUGCUUACAGCAGCCUUGUGUGCUUCAGAAAUCCCUUCUACAGACAGAGGUACUAAACAAAAUAACAGACUUCAGCCAUCAGAUUUCAAGUCCACUGACACAUUCCUCCCCAGCGCCUCACAAACCAACACUGAGGAGAUGGAGAAGGAGAACAUUGCCACUGCUUCUAGUGUAUCAGAGCCGUUGGAAAAGGAAAAUUCAGAACUCCACAGCGAGAGUCAACUAAAGGAAGAAUUCUUUGUAACAGAGAUAAUUGAUUUGCUUGAACCUGAGUAUCAGGACAGAACAGAGCAGACAGCAGACAUCACCCAUCUUGGGAGAAAUGAUGCAAAACAAUACCCAGAGAAACUCCUUGGUUAUGAAGCCUUACUGGAUGAUGUUAUGGACUUAGAUAUGCCCAAGCCUGUUGGAAUCCAGCAGACCGUGAGGGUUCUGGAGUACACACUGAAGAACCUGUUUGUGUACAGAGAUUCUAAAGAUAAUCUUAAUCGUCUACAGAGACCAUAUAAAGAACAACCAAAAAGAACGAGGAAUUUGCUUCCUGCAAAACCACAAAAAAACAGAGGAGAGAAAGUAAAAGAUAUUCUCACAGAAAUGAAGGAAAUGAAAACAAUAAGUGAAGUCCCUUUGGAGAAAGUUCUUCGAGGCAAAGAUAUAUACAGAAAUGAAUAUGAAAAGGCACUGAUAUUACUGAAAGAUUUGAAGAGCAAGUACAAGAUGAUCCACUUGAAAUCACUGGAGCAAGCAGCACAAAUUGAGAGCAACUAUCAUUAAAGGAGGGACAAAUCCACUAAAAUAAAUUAAAACCUUAAUUAAUGAUUGUUAAAUGAUUGUUUUGUGCCUUUUAUGAUUAUUUUGUUGGUCCAACAACUAUUUUUUCAAAUUUAUUUAUACCACAGUACUGUUGAAUUCUUGAUUCUAAUAGAUAUACCUUGGUAUCACAUGGUGUUGAUUAAUUUUCUGUAACAGCAGUGCUGACAAUAGUGACAAAUCAUUUUCUUUUAAAUGUGCUCGUUCUAAUACAUUAUCUUGUCUAUACUGUAGUAAUAAAUACACAUGGACUUGUAUGGCAGAUGCUCCACAUAAACAAAUUUUAAAAUGUGUGUAAGAGGGGUCUCUCGUGUCAGUACUUCAUAACAGUUAUGUUCAACAACACCAAAUGAAAUUUUAAAUGGAUCAAAUGUAGGAUAUCUCAUUCUAAAAUGAAAGAAUUUAUUAAAAUAAAAAAUAAAAAACUAAUAGCUGGCAAAUUACUGUGGUAUACACUUCUGGAUGUAUUGUCAUUAGAAAAUAAUACAUUUUAGGAUGAUAAAAGUAACUCAACUUCACACUGGGUUGCAUCACACCAACUUAUCAUUGAUUGUUUUUCAAUAACAGCAUGCCCCCCAGCAAGUAUUUUAUUCUUUACUUAUUGGUGGUUCUUGCAGUUACAGUUACUUCUGUUCUGAAACCCACUGUAAUGAAGAAAUGAUCUAUUCUUUUAGCUAUUAUUAUUUGUUCUGCUCUGUUCAUCAAAGCUUUUCACCAAAGCUCUUUAAUCUCCAUUCUAAUCACUAGAGUAAAUUUAUGUGCAUGGCGCCUGUUCUGCCUAAAAAAAAUAAACAUGACUUCUUACUUUGUGUUUUGAGUGUUAAGUGUAUAACCUCUGUUAUGACUUGAUCUGUCUCAAGCUUAAUCAAGGGCUCAGCGAGCACAAAGACAUUCAGUGAUGUAAAAACAUCUAGAUUUUGGCUAGCGAGAAGGGUUUUUCUUUCGAAAAGAUGACUUGUGACCAUAUACUGUAUAGGUUUUGAAUUUAAUAUAGGCCAAAUUAGGACAUCUCUUUUGGUCUCAUUUUUGUUUUAUUUUACUUUGCAUUGGUUUGUGGGGUGUGAGACAGGAACACCGAGCAAAAUAAAGGUAAGGCAUAAUAAUAGACUACAUUAGUGAGAUAUUUGUAAUUUUUCUUAAAAGUGUAUGUCAUAUGAAUUUUCACUUUUCAUUUAAAAAACAAAUAAUUUACA